AUGAGCUCUAACAAUUCUAUGAGGGACUUCAUCUCCAGAAACAAGACCGCCAUUAUUGCCACUGUUGCUGCGGGAACUGCUGCUGUUGGUGCCUAUAUGUACUAUGCCCAAUUACAACAGCAACAUGAGAAGAAACCAGCAAAGAAGACUAAGAAGAGUAAGAAGUCAGUCACUGAGGAAGAGAAGAAAAAGGAAGAACCACCAAUUUACCCCAUUGAUGCAAACGGAGAACCUGUUUUGGGUGAUGUGGACCUAUUAAACGACAAGACAAAAGAGGAAUGGGCUGGAGCAUUGAAAGAGAAGGGUAAUGCUCUUUUUAAAAAAAAGGAUUUUGAAAAUGCAAUCAAAUAUUACACUUUUGCUCUCUCUUUGAAAGAGGAUCCUGUUUACUAUUCUAACAUUUCUGCCUGUUAUUCUUCUUUACUUAACUAUGAAAAAGUUAUUGAAAUGGCUACUAAAGCCUUAGCCUUGAGACCUGAUUACUCGAAAGUUUUAGUGAGAAGAGCUAAUGCUUAUGAAAAAUUAGGGAAUUUCGGUGAUGCUAUGUUCGAUUUAUCUGUCUGUUCAUUGAAUACCGAUAUGAGUGAUGCAUCAAUUGAACCAAUUCUAGAAAGAAAUUUGAACCAACAAGCAAUGUUUGUAUUAAACACGAAACUAGGUGUUACUGAUAAGAAAAGUCAAUUACCUUCAAAUACUGCGUUAACCUCUUUCUUUGGUAUUUUUAAACCAGAACUAAGUUUUGCCAAUUAUGAUGACACUUGUGAAGGUGAUAAAGAAUUAUUGAAUGGGUUAAAGAAUUUAUAUAGAUGUACUGCGGAAGGUUAUGAAACCGCUGAUUUAUCAUUUACCAAAGCAACUGAAUACUUCUUAAAGCAAUUGAGUGAAACUCCGGAUGACGAAACUGUUAAGGAAAAGACUGCAAUUGCAUUAGAACAUCAAGGUAUCUUUAAAUUCUUGAAAAAUAAUCCAUUAGAAGCGCACGAAGAUAUCAAGAAAGCAUUAGAAUUACAUCCAAGAAUUAACUCCUAUAUUUAUAUGGCAUUAAUUCUUGCUGAUAAAGGGGAUACCGAUAAUUACUUCGCUAACUAUGAAAAGGCUAUGAAAUUGGACGACAAGAACGCUGCACUAUACUAUCAUCGUGGUCAAAUGUAUUUUAUCACACAACAAUACGAAAAGGCCGGAGAAGAUUUUGAUAAGGCCAAGGAAUUAGAUCCUGAAAACAUUUUCCCAUAUAUUCAAUUAGCAUGUCUUUCUUAUCGUGAAAAUAAAUUCGAUGAUUGUGAAACAUUAUUUAGUGAGGCAAGAAGAAAGUUCCCUAACUCUUCAGAAGUACCAAAUUUUUAUGCUGAAAUCUUAGCUGACAAAGGUGAUUUUGACGCCGCUUUGAAGGAAUAUGAAAGAGCGAUCGAAUUAGAGAAGAAACAAGAUGCUGUUCAUGUGGGUAUUGCUCCAUUAGUUGGUAAGGCGACCUUAUUGGUAAGAACACCAACUGUAGAAAAUUUUGUCGAAGCUACUUCCUUAUUAGAAGAGGCAGUAAAGGAAGAUCCAAGAUCUGAACAAGCAAAGAUCAGUCUUGGCCAGUUGAAGUUACAACAAGAAGAUAUUGACGAAGCUAUUGAGUUAUUUGAAAGUGCAGCUACCUUGGCCAGAACUUUUGAAGAAAAGUUGCAAGCAACUACGUUUGCAGAAGCCGCAAAGAUUCAAAAAAGAAUUAGAGCUGAUCCAAAGAUGAGUGCCAAAAUCCAAGAAACUAUUGCUGCCCUACGUGCUUCUGAUUUUGCCAAUUUAUGA